AUGAGGCUUCUCCUCAUCAUUGCAAUUCUGCUGUUCCAGAAGUUCACAGUAACUGACCAACUGAAGAAAUGCUGGGGUCAAUAUAUACAAGGAUACUGCAAGAAAAUAUGCAAAACAACAGAAAUACGUGAAGUGCUAUGUGAAAAUGGGAGAUAUUGUUGCCUCGAUAUCAUGAAACUAGAAGAACGUAAAAAAGUUACAAAACCAACUCGUCCAAAGCCAAUGACAUAUGCGGUCACUUUACCUCAAGAUUAUUAUGGAGAUGAACACAAUUAUGCAAACCCCAAGAAAAAGUCUACAUAA